AUGAGUGCAACUGCGAACAAGCAAGAUGAGGGCAUUCCACAACAUGCCCCGAACAUCAUUGAACAAAUGGAUGUCAACUACGCGCAAGUAAUAUAUAGCUCUCGCCACUGGUUUCCAUUAUUCGAGUCGAGAUUGACAAAAGAAAAGGAAUUAGCCAAGCUGCCGGCAUCGACUCUUCUUUCCAUUGACCCGGGAGACCAUAUUGAGAUGCGCAAAUGGCUCGUCGAAGAAUACAUGACUUGGCCGAGGGCUCCCGCCACAGAAGCAAGAUCUCGGAUCACAUUGGACGUACAGUCCGAGACGAUCCCGAUCGCAUAUGGGGAAGGGUGUCAAUUUGCAGUUCAAGUUCACGUUCCCAAGACCAAAGACUCUGGCCUUCGACCAGCGUUGAUUAUGUACCACGGUGGUGGAUGGAUUCAUGGAUUCCCAAAUGUGGACGAAGCUGAUUUUUUCGCGUCUGAACUGCGUGCGGUGAUAAUCAACGUUGACUACCGCCUGGCCCCAGAAAAUCCGUUCCCAGCUCCCCUCAACGACUGCUAUGAAGCAAUCCAGUGGACCAUAGACCACGCGGCCGAGUAUAAGAUUGACAAGGACAGAAUUGGCCUUUGGGGAUGUUCCGCAGGUGGCAAUCUAGCCGCAGGCGUUGCGCUCCGGGAUGCCAGGGAGCACGAAGUGUCUCGAAUCUGCCAUGCCAACUUGGUGGUCCCGGUGACAUGCCACCCGGAUCUGUACCCUGAGGAAUUGAAGAUAGGAGGCUCUAGCACGCUGAGUGGAUCAGAACAACACGGAAAGGUCCUGCGAAAACUCUGGGAUAAGUAUGCUGGUACACAAUCCUCGCAUGAGUACGUAUCGGUGCUGAUUGCAUCUACUCCUUCAAAUCACCCCCCGGUCCACAUCACAGUGGCUGGUCAAGAUGGGCUUCGAGAUGAGGGCAUAGCAUAUGCCAUGCGUUUGAGAAAUGCAAGCAUCGACACUCAGCUGGAGAUUAUACCAGGUGUGCCGCACGGAAUCACCGUUCCUGUGACCACCCAUGCGUCAAGACAAUUUUUCAGGAACCAGGCACGGGUUUUAGACUACGCGUUGAACAUGAAGUAG